CCGCGCCGGCGCGGCGUCGGGGAGGCCUUCGUCCUCGCCACAGACCUCGAGGCCAUGGUCCGCCGCGCGGGUCCCGCGCUCGACGACGCCGCCAGGGACGCCUUUGUUGCCUUCCUCGCGCGGAAUCCGGCUGCCGUGCGUGUGCCCCGUGUGGUUGCCGCGGCGGAGGGUCGUCGUCGUCGUUGCGGUGACGGCGAGGGAGAGGGGGAGGCGCCGGUGCCGGGGCUGUCGCGCGCGCAGACGGAUCAGCUCGUCCGGGCGGGGUUUCUUACCGCGCAGCACACGGGCCACGAUGCCGGGAAUGCUACGGGGGCUUUCUCGCGGCCGGAGGAUCGGUAUUCCCUCAUGAGCCUCGAGGCCGUGUCGCAGGCCGCGUCCGGGUCCAUGGGCGCUGUCGGCGGGGAGGGGGCUCUGCACGCCGCGGGCGGAAGCGGGGCUGGCAGGGGAGGCGGACCGUCCGUCGAUCUGGUUUCCGGGACCGGAGAUCUCAGCCUGGCCGUGCCCGGACACGGGGCGUACCUGAAGCUCGUCUCCUCGGCUCUGGAGCACCUGUCGUCCCUGCUCGAGAAGUCGCAGUACCGGGAAGCGCCUGAGACGGCGCUGCGGGAGAGGUGGGAUGGGGGCGUCGCCAGCGAUGAGGCCGCCCUGGCGAAGAGGUCGCGAGGCGAGUUCGUCGGGAUCCUCCCCGGCCGGACGAAAAAGUGGAAGGAGUUCCACGGUCUCUCCUUCGACUGGAUACUGCAGGAGGCCGUCGGUGCCGGGCUGGUCGAGGUCUUUGAGACCCGGAGCGUGGGCCGAGGCGUGCGGUUGGUCUGA